AUGGCGGAGGUGAUGUGCGCUCGCGCAUUGCCACCGAUGCAGAUACCCGUCUAUCAAGUGAUUCCGAAUAUAUUCUUGACGAAGCAGCGUGCAGGUGUCGUCGAACAGAAAAAAGUCUAUUAUUGUCAACGGUGUUUGAAUCACAAUAAAACCGAGCCGCGAAAAAAUCACAAGUGUGAAUGCCCAUUCGCGAAUUGCACAUGCUUCAAAUGCUCGCUGGUCGAGAAGCGACGCAAACUCAAUCUGCAGCUUCAUGAGCUCGAAGGUGAUGUCGGAGAGAAGAAGUAUGAGGACGACGAGGACCGAAAACUCAAAGGAGGUGAGAGCAUCUAG